AUUAUUUUGUUUCUAGUUUGUUUUUCUAAUUUAGGAUUAUUGUUGUUGUGUCUUGAGAUAUCUUAUUUAUCAAAAAAAGCAAAAUGCCGAGUGAAAUGAUCACUUUGCAACUCGGCCAAUGUGGCAAUCAAAUUGGAUUUGAAUUUUGGAAACAGUUGUGUAUAGAACAUGGUAUAUCUCCAGAAGGUAUAUUGGAAGAAUUUGCUUCGGCUGGUUCCGAUCGUAAGGACGUAUUUUUCUAUCAAGCUGAUGAUGACCAUUACAUCCCAAGGGCAGUCCUACUGGACUUAGAACCUCGAGUCAUACAUACUAUUAUGAAUUCGCCCUAUGCUAAGUUGUAUAAUCCUGAAAACGUCUAUUUAUCCAAACACGGAGGAGGAGCAGGAAAUAACUGGGCUUCUGGAUUUGCUCAGGGAGAAAAACUCAAUGAAGAAGUUUUUGAUAUAAUAAACAGAGAAGCAGAUGGAAGUGAUAAUUUGGAAGGGUUUGUCCUGUGUCAUUCAAUAGCAGGUGGAACUGGAUCUGGUAUGGGGUCUUACAUCCUGGAGCAUCUAUCAGAUAGAUUCCCUAAAAAACUAGUACAGACUUAUAGUGUCUUUCCCAAUUUGGAUGAAAUAAGUGAUGUGGUUGUUCAGCCUUACAAUUCACUGUUGACUCUUAAAAGGCUAACAGAGAGUGCAGACUGUGUAAUGGUGUUAGACAAUACUGCACUUAACCGGAUAGCUAGUGACCGUCUUCAUAUACAAAAUCCUUCAUUUGCACAGAUCAACACACUAGUCUCCACUAUUAUGAGUGCUAGUACUGCUACAUUGAGAUAUCCUUCAUAUAUGAACAAUGACCUAAUCAGCUUAGUUGCACCGCUCAUUCCCACACCGAGACUUCAUUUUCUUAUGACUGGAUAUACUCCUCUUACUGCAGAUCAUGAAUUAAAUACAGCACCAAAAAUACGCAAGACCACAGUUUUAGACGUGAUGCAAAGGCUACUGCAACCAAAGAAUAUGAUGGUUUCAUUAAGUCCAGAUAGAACAAAUCAACACUGUUACAUAUCAAUAUUAAAUAUCAUACAGGGAGAAGUGGAUCCAUCUCAGGUGCACAAGUCACUUCAACGCAUUAGGGAGCGCAAACUGGCGUCGUUUAUACCGUGGGGUCCGGCCUCUAUACAAGUGGCGCUCUCCCGGCGCUCGCCCUAUGUACACGCCUCGCACAAAGUCUCUGGGCUGCUGCUUGCUAAUCACACAAACAUUUCUUCGCUUUUCGACAGAUGUCUGCAACAAUUCGAUAAGCUGCGUAAACGUGAGGCCUUCUUGGAAGUGUUCCGUAAGGAGCCAAUGUUCAAGGAGUCAUUAGAAGAGUUCGACGAGUCACGGAGCGUGGUCGAUGAUCUAGUGCAAGAGUAUCAGGCUGCCGCCACGCCAGACUAUGUGCAUUGGAAUCCCGAGAGCAGUCAUAUAUAACAAUCGGUGGAUGAGGAUUUCGAAUAAAGCCGUGAAUUUGAGGAAGACCAGUUGAUAAAAUGAAGUGAUUCAGAGGAUCUGAGCUCUUAUAAUUAUGUAUUAUUUAUAACUAAGUGCCAUCUGUUAUUUUACCUAUAAUGUUGUUAUGUGAAGUAGGUACCGUUAUUUAGAACACUAAGGAAGUAUUAAUAAAAAGCAUUUUCUUUUU